GAAGAAACCGAGAUUCAGAGAGGUUCAGACACUUGCCCGAGGUCACACAGCUAGUCUUGCGUCCCAUUCCUCUUGCCUUCCCACUGCACCAUGGCUCCGGGCCCCUUUUCCUCGGCGCUCCCCUCGCCGCCGCCUGCUGCCCUGCCCUUUCUGCUGCUCCUCUGGGCGGGGGCUUCUCGUGGCCAGCCCUGCCCCGGCCGCUGCAUCUGCCAGAACGUGGCACCCACGCUGACCAUGCUGUGCGCCAAGACUGGCUUGCUCUUCGUGCCGCCCGCCAUCGACCGACGCGUGGUGGAGCUGCGGCUCACCGACAACUUCAUCGCGGCUGUCCGCCGCCGAGACUUCGCCAACAUGACCAGCCUGGUGCAUCUCACCCUCUCCCGGAACACCAUUGGCCAGGUGGCGGCCGGCGCCUUUGCUGACCUACGUGCCCUCCGCGCCCUGCAUCUCGACAGCAACCGCCUGGCGGAGGUGCGCGGUGACCAGCUCCGCGGCUUGGGCAACCUCCGCCACCUGAUCCUCGGCAACAACCAGAUCCGCCGGGUGGAGUCGGCUGCCUUUGACGCCUUCCUGUCCACCGUGGAGGACCUGGAUCUGUCCUACAACAACCUGGAGGCUCUGCCUUGGGAGGCGGUCGGUCAGAUGGUGAACUUGAACACCCUCACGCUGGACCACAAUCUCAUCGACCACAUUGCUGAAGGUACCUUCGUGCAGCUUCACAAACUGGUCCGCCUGGACAUGACCUCCAAUCGCCUCCAUAAACUCCCGCCCGAUGGGCUCUUCCUGAGGUCCCAAGGCGCUGGGCCCAAGCCGCCCACGCCGCUCACGGUGAGCUUCGGUGGCAACCCCCUGCACUGCAACUGCGAGCUGCUCUGGCUGCGGCGACUGACCAGAGAGGAUGACUUGGAGACCUGCGCCACCCCGGAACACCUCACCGACCGCUACUUCUGGUCCAUCCCUGAGGAGGAGUUCCUGUGCGAACCCCCGCUGAUCACACGGCAGGCAGGGGGCCGGGCCCUGGUGGUGGAAGGCCAGGCGGUCAGCCUGCGCUGCCGGGCGGUGGGUGACCCUGAACCUGUGGUGCAUUGGGUGGCACCUGAUGGGCGGCUGCUGGGGAACUCCAGCCGGACCCGGGUCCGGGGGGAUGGGACGCUGGAUGUGACCAUCACUACCUUGCGGGACAGUGGCACCUUUACCUGUAUCGCCUCCAAUGCGGCAGGAGAAGCCACGGCGCCAGUGGAGGUGUGUGUGGUACCUCUGCCGCUGAUGGCACCCCCACCAGCUGCUCCACCGCCUCUCACCGAGCCUGGCUCCUCCGACAUCGCCACGCCUGGCAGACCUGGUGCCAAUGAUUCAGCUGCUGAGCGCCGUCUGGUGGCAGCUGAGCUCACCUCGAACUCCGUGCUCAUCCGCUGGCCAGCCCAGAGGCCUGUGCCGGGCAUCCGCAUGUACCAGGUGCAGUACAACAGCUCAGUUGAUGACUCUCUCGUCUACAGGAUGAUCCCGUCCACCAGCCAGACCUUCUUGGUGAAUGAUCUAGCGGCGGGCCGAGCUUACGACUUGUGCGUACUGGCGGUCUACGACGACGGGGCCACUGCGCUACCCGCCACAAGAGUCGUGGGCUGCGUGCAGUUCACCACGGCUGGGGAUCCGGCGCCCUGCCGCCCGCUGAGGGCCCAUUUCUUGGGUGGCACCAUGAUCAUCGCCAUCGGGGGUGUCAUCGUUGCCUCGGUCCUCGUCUUCAUCGUUCUGCUCAUGAUCCGUUACAAGGUGUAUGGCGACGGGGACAGCCGCCGCGUCAAGGGCACCUCCAGGUCGCCCCCGCGGGUCAGCCACGUGUGCUCGCAGACCAACGGCGCAGGCGCGGCGCAGGCCCCGCCCCCGCCAGACCGCUACGAGGCACUGCGCGAGGUGGCGUCCCCGGCCGCCGCUGCUGCGGUCGCUGUCGAGGGGAAGGCCACGGCGGCCGAGACGGCUUCAGUGGAGCCGGAGGCCGUCCUUGGACGCUCUCUGGGCGGCUCGACCACCUCGCUGUGCCUGCUGCCGUCCGAGGAAACUUCCGGGGAGGAGUCUCGGGCCGCUGUGGGCCCUCGGAGGAGCCGUUCCGGGGCCCUGGGGCCGCCGGCUUCGGCGCCCCCGACUCUAGCUCUGGUUCCUGGGGCGGCUCCGGCCCGGCCGAGGCCGCAGCAGCGCUAUUCGUUCGACGGGGACUACGGGGCGCUCUUCCAGAGCCACAGUUACCCGCGCCGCGCCCGGCGGACAAAGCGCCACCGGUCCACGCCGCACCUGGACGGGGCCGGCGGGGGCGCGGCCGGAGAGGAUGGAGACCUGGGGCUGGGCUCCGCCAGGGCGCGCCUGGCCUUUACCAGUACCGAGUGGAUGCUGGAGAGUACCGUGUGA